AUGGAGCCGGCUCCGGCCACGGCCUCGUUGCCGCCUGGGCGACACUUCACAGUCCGCAGUGUUGGCGCGGGCCUCGGAGUAGGUACGGUGAUAUGCGCGGCCAACGUCUACUUCGGCCUCCAGACGGGAUGGGUGUCUAUCAUGUCCAUGCCCGCCAGUCUCAUGGGAUUUGGCAUCUUCAGACUGUUGCGUCGCCACCUGCAGCUUCCCUUCACCCCUGUCGAGAAUGUGCUGCUCCAGAGCGUUGCCUGUGGUAUGGCCAUCAUGCCUCUCGGCUGCGGUCUUGUCGGCGUCAUACCAGCAAUGGAGUACUUGUUGAGCCCUGAUGAGCAGGGCCCGCUUUCUCUCAGCAUCGCUCAACUCAUCGUCUGGUCGCUGGGCCUCUGCUACUUCGGUGUCGUCUUCGCCGUGCCCCUUCGACGCCAGGUCAUCAUCCGUGAGCGGCUCAGGUUCCCAAGUGGCUUCAGCACCGCCGUGCUCAUCUCUGUUCUCCAUGGUCAGGGCCGACCCUCUGCAAGCAAGGAGACCCUCGAUGCGGCUGCACGGGGGGGAGACGCCGACGAAGCCGAAGCCGCCCAAGAGCGCGAGCCGGGCGCACAGCAGCAGUCGGCCGAAUGGGCAACCAACAUGCGCACCUUGGUCCUGUGCUUUGGCAUUUCCGGCGUCUUCACAAUUUGCACCUACUUCUUCCCAGUCCUGCGCAAUCUACCCAUCUUUGGCGCCGCCGCGGCCCAGACCUGGCUCUGGACACUGAAUCCCAGUCUGGCCUACGUCGGACAGGGCAUCAUCAUGGGCGCCGAAACAACGCUGCACAUGACCCUAGGUGCCGUCGUCGGUUGGGGCCUUCUGAGCCCAUUAGCAAAGUCCAAAGGCUGGGCCCCGGGGCCUGUCGACGACUGGGAACACGGAAGCAAGGGUUGGAUUGUCUGGGUUUCCCUGGCCAUUAUGCUCAGUGACGCCAUUGUCAGUCUCGGCUACAUCGCACUCCGUCCCGUCUUGGGCAGCAAGUUCACCGGCUUGCUUGAGGCACAACUCCGCGGUUUCCGCCUUGGUGGUGUCAAGAGCUUGUUUCGGCCUCGUGCUCACGAGUAUGCGCCCGUCCCAAGCCAAAACCUGGAGGGAGACGAGGACUCGUCUCAAGCCCAGGCUGUCGAGGAUCGUGACGAGCAGCAGCAGGUUGACGCCCCGCCCGAGCAGCGCAUCAGCGGCAAGCUGGUGAUAGGGGGGCUCGCUACGUCCGUCCUGCUGUGCAUUAUGACGACAUAUUUCGUGUUUGGCGACCUAGUGCCUCUCUAUGCAACCGUCGUCGCCGUCGUCAUGGCACUCCUUCUCAGUAUCAUGGGUGUGAGGGCGUUGGGCGAGACGGACCUCAACCCCGUCUCGGGCAUCAGCAAGCUGGCCCAGCUAAUUUUUGCCUUCAUCGUUCCACAAUCAAACAAGUCUAGCGUCCUCGUCAACCUCGUUGCUGGGGCCAUCGGUGCACUGCAGGCCGGGGACCUCAUGCAAGACCUCAAGACGGGCCAUCUUCUAGGAGCAGCCCCGAAGGCACAAUUUUGGGGCCAGGUCAUUGGUGCUACUGUCGGGGCCGUUUUAAGCGCGUUUCUAUAUCGCCUCUACACCCUGGUCUAUACGAUUCCUGGUGAGAUCUUCCAGGUCCCGACUGCGUACGUCUGGAUCUUCACCGCCAGGCUGGUCACGGGAGGCAUUGCUGUUGCUGUUGGCAUGUACAACAUCCCGUCCUUCACUUUGGCCCGAGCUGCCGGCGGAUUACUCGGUUGGUACUGGGUCCGAGUCAAGAGGCGGUCUAACACGCCACUCAUAAUCCUCGCAUCUGGCUUCAUCCUCGGCGAGGGGUUCCUCAGCAUCGUGAACUUGACCAUGCAAGGCCUCAGGAUCCCCCAUUUCUAG